UCAAACCUCUAAUUAUAGUCAACAAGCACUUUAGCCAUAGUAUACCUUUCGUUUUUCCUUUUUUCUUUUUAACAGGUAUAUGUAGACUGUAGUUGCUUGCUUCCAUUCGCCACUGUUCGAUCGAGGAUCUCUAUCCUCCACCCUCUUCCCUUAUCUAUGUAUAUUUGCUGCAAAGGUUAGCAAAAGGGGGCUCAUUUCAAGUUCGACCUCCUAUUAAUCGGAAAGCUGCAUACCAAAUGGCUUUUGUGGCUGGAUUAUUGGUCGGAUUAGUUGUCGGUCUGCUUCUGAUUGUUGCUUUUGUUCGCUCCGAGAACGCCCGAUCCAAGCGCCGCUCCGACCUCGCUACUACGGUUGCGUCGUUUGCGAGAAUGACGGUGGAAGAUUCGAGGAAGUUACUGUCGCCGGAAUAUUAUCCUUCUUGGGUUGUGUUUUCUCAGCGCCAGAAGUUGACUUGGCUCAAUCUGCAGCUCGAAAAGAUUUGGCCGUACGUCAAUGAGGCUGCGUCUGAGCUUAUAAAGGCGAAUGUUGAGCCCGUUUUAGAGCAAUAUAGGCCCGUUAUAUUGGCUUCUCUGACUUUUUCGAAGUUCACUCUUGGGACUGUAGCUCCGCAGUUCACAGGAUUAGUGUAUGCUAUUGUUCCAAGUAGUAAAACAGAGUGAAGCAGCUUUUGGACAGAAAAGAUUCAUGGAAUCUUGGUUCGAACGAAUGAGAAUAAUUGCAGUUCAACCAUCAUGAGUUUCAAUUAUUGAAGAUGACAGUGAAGGAAUUACCAUGGAGUUAGAGAUGCAAUGGGAUGGGAACCCAAGUAUAGUACUUGACAUUAAAACUUAUCUUGGUGUUGCUCUUCCUGUACAGGUGAAAAAUAUUGGGUUUACUGGGGUCUUCAGGUUGAUAUUCAGACCACUAGUUGAUGAAUUUCCUUGUUUUGGAGCUGUUUGCUUUUCAUUGCGCCAAAAAAAAAAGCUGGAUUUUACACUUAAAGUCAUUGGAGGAGAUAUAUCAACAAUUCCUGGCCUUUCUGAUGCCAUUGAGAGUACUAUCAGGGACGCCGUUGAAGACUCUAUUACUUGGCCAGUUCGGAAAGUCAUCCCUAUAUUGCCCGGAGAUUAUAGUGACCUUGAGCUCAAGCCGGUUGGGGUUUUGGAGGUGAAGCUUGUCCAAGCCAAAGACUUAACAAAUAAGGACAUCAUAGGGAAAUCUGAUCCAUAUGCUGUUUUAUACGUGCGACCUUUGCGUGAUAGAAUGAAGAAAAGCAGGACAAUCAACAACCAAUUGAAUCCAGUGUGGAAUGAGCAUUUUGAAUUUGUAAUUGAGGAUGCAUCAACACAGCAUUUGGUGGUAAAGAUUUAUGAUGACGAAGGACUCCAGUCGUCUGAACUAAUUGGAUGUGCUCAAAUUCAGCUAGCUGAACUUCAGCCUGGCAAGGUGAAGGUUGUGUGGUUGAAAUUGGUGAAAGAUUUGGAUGUUCAGAGAGACAAUAAAGACAGGGGUCAGGUGCACGUGGAGCUUCUUUAUUACCCCAAUGGCAUGGAAAAUGGCUUUACUAAUCCCUUUGCACAGAACGUCUCUAUGACUUCACUGGAGAAGGUCUUCAAAAGUGGAGCAGAAGUGAAAGAUGUUGGAAAUGGCGACGGUAACAAAAAGAGGGAGGUUAUUUUAAGAGGUGUACUUUCAGUUACUGUCAUAUCUGCAGAUGAUUUGGCACCGGCUGACCUGAUGGGGAAGGCUGAUCCAUAUGUGGUGGUCACUAUGAAGAAAACUGGAUCCAAGAACAAGACCAGGGUUGUGAACGACAGUUUAAAUCCAGUUUGGAAUCAGACUUUUGAUUUUGUUGUUGAGGAUGGAUUACACGACAUGCUAAUUCUAGAACUAUGGGACCAUGACACAUUUGGGAAGGAUUAUAUAGGGAGAUGCAUUUUAACACUGACAAGGGUUCUAAUGGAAGGUGAAUAUAAAGACUCCUUCCCACUUGAUGGUGCUAAAUCGGGAACAAUUAACUUGCAUCUCAAGUGGAAUCCUCAACCGAUUUACCGAGAGUCGUAGCCUUUCAUCUGCAGCAACAUAAUCAACUCAACUAUUUAUACAAAUAUGUUUCCAUCUAUAUAGAAGCAUACUCAAAUUCUUUCCAAGAGUCCAGACAUCAACCCUUCCACAGUUAAGUAAUUGUAUAAGUGUUUUUGUUAUGUGUCAUUUUGGUGUAUAUAAUUAUUGCAUUGGACAAUUGAGCAGCAGAAAUUUGGAAGUAGGACUUGGGAAGAAAAUAGUGCUGACUUAUCUGGAAAUUAAUGGUGAGUAUAAUAGAUGUUCUUCAUCCUUUCCCUUCAUUUGCCCCACAUGUUAACUUCUUGAGUAGCUUGAGAUACCAAUAGGUGAUCCUCGUAUAUUUUUGCUGAUAAUAAAAAUACAGCUGCCGAAUUUAUCCGACAGAUGAUUCCGUCAUACCCAAUGAAAAUUGUUUUCUUCAGUUUCCUUGAACACAAGUUUUAAGAUUAUGGUGCCGCAUUUAUGACAUUCGAUGAAUGCAGAUAAACAUAGCAGCUCUAAAGAAAAGUGAUUCUCAGCUCUAGUUUAGAAGUACACAUGAAAAAUAACAAUAAUGGGGGUGAUUUUUGUAAUGUUAUCCAAAAGUUCAUUUUGAAGCAUCAUCAAUUUUUGUUCCUCCUUAUUAGCUGUUAGAUUCAAAGAAAAGCUCAAGUGUCUACGUACGCUUCCGACCAACUGUGGUCCAUGUUUUCUAAACAUUGUUCAAGACUUCAAGUUCCGCGUAAGACUAAUAUUGUAAACAUUCAUAAUUUGGUCGUGUGUGGUUUACAAAUGUUGACUGGCGAAGAUGUACGAGAGGUUAAAACUUAUAAAUGUUCAUGAAUUUACCAAGAAA